ACCCUUGACCUCGAGCAGUUAACUGGUCGCCCAGAAGAUCGUCCUGCUUUGUCGUCCUCGGAAAAACCCCCAAUCGCGAUCAGCUAAGAUGUACAAAACCAUGAAACAAGUUCAAAUUAACCAUUUGUUUGGAUUUAACGGCUAGUAUGAGCAAGCAAGCAGAAGGUAAGCGCUCAAAGGAAGCGCGUGAAGGCGACCCAAACGUUUUCGAGAGUCCAUCUCGUUUCGAUUCCGCCAAACGUUUCAAGAGGAAUGCUGAGCAUGCGAGCACAGAACUUGAAAGUCUGCAUCAUCAGAUAUUAUUCAUCGUCGAUAAGCACCAGUCACUACUUUUAGACCACUCAAUUUUCGAAUAUGAUAGUAAGUGUGCAGCCGAAAAUCAAGAGGUACUUAUACCUCGUCCAUCGCUUGUUGCAGAGUGUGAAAACCGCAAAAAGAGGCAGCGCUUAACUUCGCAGAAUCAAGCCUUGUUGGUCACUUCUUCUAUCAGUCGUUGCAAAAAACCGUCGCAAAGUCCCAAAGAAUACACAAUUCAAGUUUUAAAAAACGUUCAUUCCGUACAACAUUUGCCACCCGAUGACGCGGUCUUGAAUCGCGCCUUGGAGCAGAUCAUCCGCCCGCUCAACAACCACGCUAUUGACAGACCGCUACUGCUAUCGGCUGCGUGCCGCAGUUCAUAUGCUAUUUCUAACGUUUACGUCUUGGUUUUGCUACACAAGUUUGGAAUUUUGAGAAUACUUGGAUAUCUCAAAGAGCUGAGUUCCCUCCAAGCGGAGUCACUCGACCGAAUUUUGGCGUCACUUGUCGCCUCGCUUUUCGAUGCUCAUAAAAGGGGUUGUUCGUGUUUUGACCAGUUCGUCACAGAAAUCAUUUUGAUUUUUUGUUCUAAGUCGCAUAGUUCUGCCGGUGCCUAUGCUGUUGUCAAGGAACUCCUAAACCGCCUUUUUGCAAAAAAUGACGACCGCGAGGCCAUAGCAGUGUACAAAAAAGUGCUCGAACUGACUAAGUCAAUCGCUUCUUCGGAUUUGGCCAAGAUUUUAUCUGAAAAGUUAUUAGAAAAACUGUUUUCAUUGAGCGAAAGAGAUAACGUUGUCGAGCCAAUUUGUAUCGAGACGUUUGUCUCCAAAUUCGGUCCGUUUUUAGAUAUGGCGAGGUCGAGUUUCGCCCAUCAAAAGUCUCAUUCAGAUAACCUCGUAACAUUUGUGACAAGUGAGUUUCAAGCUGAAUCGAUACUCGGGGUCUUCGAGAAAUUGGCUAUGAAUGCGGUUGAGAAACUCGACAUCGAAUUCAGCAUCGUGGUAUUAAAACGAAUUUUGGUUGCUUCAACAUGGAAUGUUCUAGUCAAUGUUUUGGAAAAGAUCAAGGCCGAUGCGCUCAAUACUGGCCGACUGUUGCAUUUGACGGCAUCCUUCUUGUUUGCGCACGUACUGCUUAUCAAGUCCAAUGCACCGGCCACGCAGGGAGGUUGCGAAGACGAAGUAGAUGUGCUUGUCGAUCGACGCGGCUCUUCGCCUGAAGUUUGUUUUUACGAAAAUUUUCUUCUAGAUACGUUGUCCACCACUCGUCAUCCAGACCAAAAGAUGCUGAUUGUGAACGCUCUGAUUCACAUGUUGCCGAUUCAACAGAAAGAGGAUAUUUUCAGACACGGACGCUAUUUGCAAUCUUUUCUCGGUGCCUACAAAACGGUCGAGUAUUAUAAGCAGGCAGCGCUAUACUUUCGUAGACUGGCCACCUCUGAGCUAGUGCAUUUGGAUACUGGCGCAUUGUUGGCACAAGAGCAGGAAUUGAAAAGAAAAGCCGAUACCUGGCUCAACGAAUUCAAAUUCGAGGCGAAGCUGCCGACGUCCGAAAUAGCAGUGAUGAGCCUAUUUCAAAGCAACAAGCUACGAUCGAUAUUAGAAAUACUCUUGAAACAAAGUCUGGAGUCUCCGAGCGGUUCUCUGGAGUCUCAGAUGAUCGAAAAGCUUGAGCCUUUUCUUCAACCAGACCACCUGAACAUGUUGAGGGAAUCGCGCAAGUUGGCGAUGCAACAGGGGUGCGUGUCGGAGAAGCCGAGCCAUGGACAAGGGGAGCUUACACCAAUUGAAGAGGAGGACCUCACUGCGCUCUGUGGCGCCCAUUUCGGCAUGGAAAAAUGGAUGAAUUUAUCGAACAUUGAAAAAGUAAAAUACUCGGUUAUCAAAUGGAGCCAACUAGUAAAAGAGAAUGCUUCACUCGCUCUUGUUGAGAGGGUGACCGAGAACAUUGGAUCUCUUAUCUGCUUGUCAUUGAAAAAUGAUGAGUUGACUCCGGGGAUAUCUAUAAUUGUCCAUUCGUUGCUAUAUUCCUCGUUUAAAUCGGCCGUUCUUUUUGCACGAGAAAAACAGAAAUCUUCUACCUUUCCUUGGGCCGAAAGCUUCAUCAUUUGCAGCUACUCUGCUAACCCUAAGCGACUGUAUCCACCACUGAUACAGGAGUUCAGAGAUGCCAUGACACCAGCUAGAAGCGACAAGAAUGUACUCGCAAUCGACUUUUUAUGCGUGUCUAUUUUCUUGACAGUUAUCUCGUCGCGCAACGGAAGGGAAGACAGCGCGUUCAUCCGUGACGUGAUAGAAGGCAGCGCGGCUGUGUCCAGCAUUUUUCGCCUCAGCAACUCUUCUGGAAUUAUUCAGGCCGCAUCUUUACUGAACUACACGCUGAGGUGUUAUUCGAGAAACUACUCUGAGUUCGAACUCGAGUUGAGCUCCUCUAAAACCAAUCAACCUGUCAAAGCGAGACAUUCGAUUGGAACCAGAUCGCCCUCGAUUCAGGACAAGAGCUCGGCUCGCGCGAAGGUGGGCAUCUUACCGACGUGCAUGACCAAGCUGUUGGUUUGGAUUCAGUCUAAACUAGAAUUGCUGACCCCGAACGCGGCCGAAAAAUCCUCCACGUAUUUGGUACACAAGAACUUUUUAACCGUUAUGAAAUGUUCUGCUCUCAAGGCCUGGCUGGGUGUAGCGCCGAGAUAUACGCUCCGCGAGCUGCUGGUGAAGGAGAAGGCCAUUUUGCCAAAUCAAGACGUGAUUCCUGUGCAGCUGAGGCUUUAUUGGUUUCACGUUCAAUUGCACAAUUACUAUUUAGAAAAAGAGUUCAAAAAUAAUUUUUCUCAGCUGUGCAGUACCUUAUUGGACGAACUGGUCGCGUGGAGACAGCAGGUUACCUGUCAUCUGAGUUGCUCUCCGUCAACACCCCUCGUGUCUGACCAUCACAUUCUGUGUUCUCAUCAAAUCGUCCAAAAUGACUAUGCGGCGACGUAUGACUUAAUAGAGCAGGCGGUUUUGCUGGAGUUACAGAAUUCGGCUAUUCACCUGUCGUCGGUCUAUGGCGUCGUGUUGCAGAGCAGGUCGAGUAAGCGUGCGGCCGGAGUAUCGAAUGGAGAGCGUGACGCGUCGCAGGAAGAGACGAAUCUUUCAAUUAAAACGGAGGACAUGUGGCUAUUGGAGUGGCUAAAUGGUUUUGUUCAGCACCUUGAUAGGCACGCUGCCCUAGAUCGCCAAAAGCUCACCGACGCGCUUCGCAUCGUUCAGUUCCUUCCGGCUCGCCUUGUACUUUUGGAGAAUGGGAGCGAGAGAAUGACCGAAUACGGGAUAAGGAAGUUGGUUUCCUUUAUCGAAAGGCACUGGAGAUAUUAUUCGGAGAUUUUUGAGUCCAGUGGAUUUAUCAAGCGAGUUUUUGCAUCGUUGCUAUCUCAGCUGCUAUUUGAGUCGUCGUCCAACUUUUUCGACGCGAAAAAGCAAAGUCAGUAUUUGUCGAUGAUUCGGGAGUGCCUGAUCGUAUCAUUUCCGCCUCUUCACGCCAUAUGGGUACUGCAAUGGAACAGCCUUAAGAUACUAGUUGAAGCGGCUAUUAAGGCAUGCGAUGCAAUUGACUGGUGCAAAAUAUGCCAUCCGAUUGAAAAAUGCGCUGACUUGGUCGCAGUUUUGACCGUCAAGUGUCCAGAUCGAAAGAGCGCUGAAAAGAGCGUAGAAGCGGUCAAAGAAUGGCCGUUGGCAUCGGCCUAUGCCCUGUACGGGGCGAUCAGGAAGAUGGACGAGGCAAAGCUACGCGACUUUGAAGGAGAGUUCUGCAGGUUGAUUGCUGCGAUUCAAGGGCAGAGAAACACGUUAGAAACGAUUAUCGCGGUCGUGCUGGAUUUGGUCUUUGAAAGCGCGAUCUGCUCGUUGGUUGAAAGGAACCAGUGCUUUUAUUUGGAGUCACAGGCGUCCGCGCUGACACUUGCUUCUCGUCUCAUCGAGGCAGCGCCACAGUGCCUUUUGGGCCUUGCGUCCACCGCUGCUUCAAGGUUUUGCCGAGAAAAGGGCUCUUUCGUGUUGGAGACAAUGAAGAGGCACCGCGCUAUUUUAAGGCUAUUUCGACCGUUAUCCUUGCAUCUGAGAAAAGAGGAGAUGUCCGCCGUUAACUACGCUGUGCUUAUAUUUUAUUCUAUGUUGCACGCCGCGAGGCGGAAGUUGUUGGACAAUUUGAACAAAAUGCCUGAGUCUGAGCGCGCUGACUGGAUUGUGUUUGUACUAGUUCUUUAUGUCGCGGUUGCGAGUUACAAUCCGGAAUGUUUAAAAGCAGAAGAAGUUGACGAGGUUUGGAGGGGUCAGGUCUCUGCCGUGGUGCGUCAGAUAGUUGCCCAGUUCAAGGCGUGCGCGGAUUCGUUUGACGUGCCCGUUGAGUUGCUGUCUCAGAUAGCAGGAGUCGAUGCUGAGUUGAGCGAGUUGUUGAUUCAGUCUGAGGCGGUUUAAGGUAGCGGCGACGGUGUCUGCGAGCGUUUAGAGAGACGCGGGUGGAGACGGCCGGAAAGCGCGAUUCAGAGAAGUGCCUAUGUUGAGGUUUCGCGUGAAUGCAAGGUGCGGAUGAAGGGGUUCGAGUGUUGAGUUAGGUGCGGAUGGGAGAGUUUAUUGGGACCGCAGUGCUUGGGUUGCGGGGGAGGUCUGAGUGUAUUGGAGGCUUUGGGGUAUCUGUAGGAUCUCAAAAAGUUGGUGUUUGGGAGGGGCGGUUUUUU